AUGAAUUUGAUGGAUACUGAAGGAUCUUUCAGAGCUGAUGACGUGGGCAACAUUCCGAUUCUUUUGGUUUGCACAAGAUGUCACGAUCAAUCCCACAGUCAAGAAAAAUCCAACGAUACCCUGGGUCCUUGCUGCAAUAUCCAAACAACUAUGAAAGCAGCGAUACGAUUUAUCAUGGACCACGAAAGGAGUCACACACAAAUUGGAAAGUCGCUGCCAAGCCGUACGAAGUUCUACAAUUAUUAUGUCAACAUCGAACAGGAAGCUGAGAAGUUGGGUUGGGAUACCUACAAGCAUGGAAAACUACUCCGUCCAUUCUGUGUACUUACUCCUGUCUACCCAUGUGGAAGACGGUUGGUCCAGGUUGCUGGAGCUGUAAGGCAUGCUCAGACAGUGGUCAAAGCAAACAAGUACAUGGGGGCGACUAGACGCAAAGUUCCAUUGGAAAAUCACUGGUGGUGGUAUGAUUUUGAGUGUGAAACAUCUGGUACACUCCUUGCUCUUGGUGUUAUUCUCUUUUGGUUGCUCUGCUAG